AUGAGCAGCACAUUUGUGACAUUAGCUGAGGUAUUGGAGGCUCGAGGGGGCCCUCUGCUGGAGGAGGAGGUCUGGUCUCUGCUGCUGGCCACUGCAGAGUCUUUAGUGGAUGUCUCUUAUCAAGGUAAAGCACUUCAGACAGCCUCCUCUUACUCCAGGCUCUCAUACGUCACACUUUAAUGUUGAAUGCAGCAUGAAUGCAUCAGGAACACUUAAAUGUAUCUUUUAGUGUUUUGAUUUUCCGUGUUUUUGUCUUUAUCCUAGAGCAGGACCAGCUGCUUCAUGUUUAUAUUUGAUGAUUUUUCCCCUUUUUCAGGUCAGAACAAUAUGUGUAAUAUCAUAAGCCCCACCUCCCUGCUGCUGUCAGCCACUGGUACCUUAGCAUUUAAGAACUGUGGCCUAUCAGACGAGGUUUCCACCUUCAUCGCUCCAGAGAUGCUGCAGGGCCGCGCCAGCUCCGCCAAGCCUGCCAUAGAGAGGGUCAGUCCACGCAAAAGCACCCACACACCUUCAGACAAGUCCAGAAAGCUCAUAUGAUAGUGUUUAUGCUGGGUCUACAAUUGUUCUCUCACAUUGUCUUUGGUUUGGUACAAGCCACAGCUUUAAUGUUUGAUGUGUCUUUAGUCUUGGAGAGUAAAACCUUAGGAUGUCAGGAGUUGAAGGACAAGUGAAGUGUGAGCACGCCAUCUAGUGGCUAAACAAAGGAAGCUACUCUUCUUCUAAUUUCUGCAAUUCAAACCCCUUUUCCUGUAAUUGGUUGUAUAAAACAAACAAGAAAUCCCUUUAAUAGAUGUAAUAUGGAAAAGAUAAGUUUUGCAGAUAUUUGCUCACAUGUCUCACCAAAAACUAAUACAUACUAAUACAAGAAUUUGUGGCUUUAUGGGACUUAUGACAGCAUGUGUAUUUUUCCUGUUUUCCUUUGUUGAUACUUUAAUUUGCAUACAUCGACAUGUGGGUGUCAAACACAAGUGUGGCUGAGCAAAUCAGAUAAGUCACUAAAUUCCUGGUUGAGAGGUGUGUAAGUUUUAUAAAGUUAUGGAUUGUGAAUGUGUUUCCUGAUUUAUAGACAGCCUGGCAUCUAUGGUAUCUGCAGAUCAAACCACAAACUGUUUUAGGGCCGUAAAAAAAGUCUCAGUUUGGUCACUGUGUAUUGAGGAGUUUGAUUGCUUUGUUUGAUUGGUUAUGUAAUUAUCAUGAACUCAUUCAUUUGAUCCUCCAGAUGCUGGUGUAUUCACUGGGUAUGACUCUCUACUGGUCAGUUGAUUUUCACCUACCUCAAAAUCAGGUGAGAGCCGUCUAAACAAAGACGUCUGUUUGGACUCUGUCGCAGUUUCACACCUCGGUAAUAUCAUUGACUUCCCACUGUGGUCCUCUCUCAGCCAGUCCAGUUGAGCGACCACCUGAACAGCCUCCUCCUCAGCAUGUGUGAGGAUCUGUCCCACCGCAGAGUCACUCUGGUCUCCAUCCUGGAAGCCUGCGAGUCUCAGCACAAAGCCUCCAUCCUGCCUCCGCCUGCCAAAGUCAUCAGGCAGCUGGUGGAGGAGGUUUUUCAUGAAUCGGUGAGUCUCACAUACGCCCACGGUUUGUUCCUGUCUGUGGCUGUUUCAGCCCCCCUGUGGGCCAUUAAAUUAGUGUUUGGAUUUAAAGCAGGUCUGCAGAAUAUUCUGGUUGUAAAAUGAAGCGGUUUCUUGUCCUUCAGAUGGACCAGGGCUCUCUUCCUGACAGCAACGUCCCUUUGAGCGGCCGGAGUCAGAUGAUCAGAGAGAGACUUCAUGGUGAGCAAGCACAGUAGAUUGUUAGAUAACCUGUGAUGCUGUGAGGCAGCACUUUAUCUCAACAGUUUAAUCACACGGAUCAUGUAACACUUCGGAUCUCAAAGUGAGUGAAGCGGAUUCAAAUCUGCCCCGCGGCCCUCAGCUGCAUGUCCUCUUUGUCUCCAGUUUCCUACUCUGUCUAUGAUCCUGUCCUCUAAAUACAGACCCUAGAAAGUGACUCGUGUUGUACAUUUAAAUACAUUACAAAGCUGCACACCCGAGAGGCAAGAGCUGAACCAACACUAUACUGAACUACUUUACAACUACCAUACAAACAAGAGAAGCCUGUGAGUUAGUUCUCGUAACAUCAUUCUCACAAUCACAUAACAAACUAUCCUCCAAUUAGGCGCUCUGUUAAAGCUGCAAGAUUUCCGGUCUUUGUCUAAGCCCCACCCACCUUCCCUCUCCCCCCCAGCAUCCACCAGGCUCUGACGACAUACGGGGGUUUAAGAUAUCCUGUAUGUCAUCAGUCUUAAUUCCUUCAUUUAAAGUUAAUCUGCAAGAAGUGAUGUGGUUAAAAAUCCAGAUGCUGAUGCUGUCAGAACCGGAGAUGAUAGACUGAUCUGAUGUUUGAUAUUGUCCUGGUCCAGAUAUCGUGUUGAUGAAUGGGGGAAAUAUUUUGUAUGAAAGAUAGUUUCCUGAAUCACUCCUAGUUCAGAGGACUCUGGAGGUUCAGGAAAUACCUCUCGACGAGCAGACUUUCCUCAAAUACUAGAUCUAAUACGAUUAUCCCAGUCAUGAUUUUGCAAACCCAUCCAUUAGUUAUUCUACUUCUCCUAUUUGAGACGGGGUACGCUCUGUCACAGGGCUUGAUUAAGCAAAUAUGGGUUUUGGAAGCUAAUGUAAUUUUUGCCACAGUAGCUGCUGAUUUAAAUCCUAGUCAAGCUGUCCUUUCUAAUAAAAACGAAAAUGUCCCCAAAAAUUUGGGUGCUGAAAUUUAAGAAGAUAAAUUUGAAUUUUAAUUGUUGUGUUUAAUCGUUUAAUUAUUGUGAAUUUGUUAUUUCUUAUUUGUUCAUUUAAUAUUAUUAUUUUAUUUUAAGUCCAUCAGGUUUUACUUCUCACCAUUUUUAUCUUUAUUUUUAUCUCCAGUGUUUCCUAAAGGUAGCUCGUUCCUCAUGUGAUGUCUUGGUGUCAGACCAUGUCUCUUUAAAAUUUUAUCUUAAAUUCUCACACUGUGUUCGGUUGUGUGUGUGUGUGUGUGUGUGUGUGUGUGGGUAUGUGGGUGGAAGGGUUGGGUUUUUGUCUUUAUUGUUGUUUUUAGCCUCUGUGAGGCACUUUGAAUUGCAUCUCCUUCUGUAUGAAAAGUGCCAUAUAAAUAAAGUUGAAUUGAAUAUUUACCAUAAAAAAGUAAAAAAAAAAUUUAAAAAAAGGUUCGAGCAUCAAGAUUUAUCACAGAAAAGGUUGGUGCCAUGUUUGUUUUUGAAGGUCAUAAAGAGACAGUCUCUGUUUCUUAAUCAGCUAAAAACUCCUUACAGUGCCUUUAAAAGUCAGUGGUACAAGUGGUUUGACAAAAACAAAAAGUGCUAUUAUCAUAAUUAAAAAAAAUUGUUAUUGGUGUAAUACUCGUGAAAAAUUCAGGAACUUGAAAGAGUUGAGAUACAACAUAAACAAAUCCUGUUUUAUUCUGAUGAACAGACACAUGUAAUGUUGGGUUUUUAUGUAAAUGCUAAACGUGAAAAAACAUUGUAAAAUCAUUUUAUAAGCUGUUUGACUGAGAGAAUUUAUAUGUGAAAAACUAUAUCCUCAAACAGGAUUUCUGUCCUUCGUUGUCAGUCCUGGUCGUGUAUCUAAAUUUUAUCUUCAGUUGGAUAACAGGGAAAAACCACCAAACGCAUGAAUAACUGGGGGGAGCAGAGUUAAGAUUAAGUGGCUGAAAAAUAAUACAAAACAUGUUACACAUCAUGAGUCAGUUUGUCCAAGUGAGAAAUUUCUCUCUUAAUUUUUGUAGAAAGUGGUAGCAGAAGUUGCUCAUAUGACUGAAGACAGGUCAACAGGAUUAAAAUCUUAACCUUAAGAAAGCAGAGGAUUAGGCUCCUGUGAGAGCCAAUCGUCAGAGUGUGGCUGCUCCGGGUUAAACCCUCCACUAGUCUCAGUUCUGUCCCAACAUCUCCGAGCCUCCAAUGAGCAAAAGGACGGCAGGAGUCAAACAUUGCUGUCACCUGUCCUCUCUCAUCUGGUUGACAGGAAAGAGGGGGCCUUUCUCAGACUUCAGCGAGGGGAGCGCAGAGGGGAGGAGAUACUCUACGGACUCUGACUCAAAGUCAGGUAUGCUAGUGAAGCAGAAACUGAGAGGAAGCUGUUUUUUUUCUCGUGCUUGAGCCCACACGUUUUAAUCAAUACCGUCUUUUAAAUGUAUGUUCUAUGUGCUCGGUUUUUGAAGUGCAUGUGCUCGUUUCAUGUCUUGUUUUAAAGGGAGUUUACCUCAGAGACCUUGGAGACGGAGACCAAGGAGCUCUCCCACACCGCUGUACCAGUCCUCUUUAGACAGGUGUGUUUGUAACGCACUCAUACAUGCGCACUCGUUCUGAUUUUAUCGGAGGAUUUUCUGUUUUUUUAAACUUUGUGUGCGUGCACGUCAACAGAAAUAAACCUCCCUCAUCGUCCGUCCUGACUUUGAGAGGACGUGACAUUGUCCCAGAGUUUGACUUUUCUAACUUGUCUGAAUAACUAUUACACAAUCUGUCCUUCCCCACCUCCCCCCUCUGUCCCCUCAGACUCCCCCGUGGGGUUCGUCACAGGGACAGUAACUGCAGUUGGCUUGGCGGGAGCCCCCACCACAACAUCUCGCCCAAGACAUCAGGCAGGUCUCAGAGUCCCUCCAUCACCUUCAGUGAGUCCUCGCUCAGCCUGAGCCAGAGGAAAGCCAAGGUAGGAGCGAAUAUCUUAUAGCGAUUGUUUGUUAAAUCAACUCGAGUUAAUCCUUUUAAAUCAAACUUUAACUAAACUUAAUGGUGCAUGCCUUUAAUUCAAGAUUCACGGGUAGAUGAGGAUCAGAUUCAGCUCCGGGACCAGGCAGCAGAUCUUUUGCAAAAACUACGAAGCUUCUUUUUUUUGCUGAUGUGUGAAAAGAUUUUAUACCAUGAAUGUUUCUUUUGUCAGGCUUUGGGUCCUGAGUUUGUAAGGAUGCCAGAUGAACAACAAAUUGUCCUCGAGCUUCCAGGAUCUAUCGUGGUAAAUUCAUCAUUUCCUCUUCUUCAUCACUUCAGUUUUUAUCUAAAAUCCUCUAACUUUCCCUCUAAUUGAAUUUCUCUUCCCUUGCAUGCUUAACUAUGUCUGUCUGUAAAUUUCCAUGUACAGUAUUAAUGUACAUGUAUGUGAGCAUGUCAGUGGGGUUUUUUUAUGUGCACGUGUGUCUGUGUGUUUGUGUGUGUCCACAACAGUCUAAGAAGGGACGCUCUUGCUCGUCUCAGAGAGAGGUGACCGUGGUGCUGCCGAACGGACAGUACGUGAUCGUUCGCUGUGACAUCAAGUCCAAAGCACGAGAUGUGUUCGACAUGGUGGUGGCUCACGCAAACUUGGUGGAGCACUUCUACUUCGGUCUUGCCUUCCUAGACGGUAAGACGACGAAUUAUUGAUUAAUUAGUAGUUUGAAUAUUGAUUUCUUUAGAUCUGUCUGCUCAGUUUAUACAGAUGUAAAUUAGCUGUCAUGCGUGGCCCCUGUUAAAUAAACUAAUAAACUUAACUGGGGAUCUUUAGAAAACAAUAAAAAUAAAUCUUCAUGGCUGAUUUGUUGGUGUUUGUUUUGCAGAUGAUGAAUAUUUCUUUUUGGACCAUGAAACAAAGAUCUCCAAAGUUGCGCCUGACAGCUGGAAAAAGGGGCAGAUAUCCUCCUUUUUGGUGUUUCUUCGAGUUAAAUUUUUUGUUGAUGAUAUCUCCUUCAUUUUGUAAGUACACCAAGUUCUUCAAAAUGAAACAGCUUUAUCUUAUUACCAAAGUGAUAAAACCCUGUCAACACUUUAUCGUAUUUUGAAAGUAGACUUUUUUACUGUCUGAAAAGUUUUCUAACUUGUAUUUGUAGAAAAAUAAUUCAUGAAAACCUCUUCACUCCUGUCUCUUAGGCACAGACUGACUCGUCACCAGUACUACUUACAGCUGCGGAAGGAUAUCUUAGAGGACAGGCUGUACUGUAAUGAGGAGACCGGCCUGUUUCUGGUCGCUCUUGCUCUGCAGGCUGAAUUUGGUGAUUACUUGCCAGAGGUACUGAAAAAACAAGAAGACGAAAUUGCUCCACUUCACUUUUAAAUACCAAAAUCAUCCAUCAGAGCUGCACAUUUAAAUUAUUUUUUGGUGUUUUUUUAUUUAGUUGUAUGGUAAGAAUUACUACCAGCCGGAGCAUUAUGUGUCCAAGAGGAUGCUGGAGAAGCUGGCCCUGCCUAAUAUCAAGGAGGAAUUGCCAAGACUACAUGCAAGUCAUGCACAGAUGCUUCCUGAAGAGGCAGAAACCGAGUAUCUAAAAGUGAGUAGCCUCAAUCUGCUAAACAUAUCAAAGUCUUUUUCUCUACAUUUGCACUUUCUGUUAGUCCAGAUGUGCAAAUAAAAACACGCAGCAUUAAUACGUUUGUCCUCCUCAGAUUGCCCAGCAGCUACCAGAGUAUGGAGUUAUGUUCCACCGUGUGGGGAGAGAGAAACGGCCGGUGAUAGGAGAGUUGGUUUUGGGAGUCUGUGCCAAAGGAAUCAUCGUGUAUGAGAUGAAGAACCACACCCGGACUGUCACCAGGCGCUUCCUCUGGAGGGAAACCGACUCCAUAUCGACCGGGGUAAAGAUGGCUGUCAUUUUAACUAAGAGUUUUCUUUAAAGGAGAAUCUUUGCGGAUAACUUAUGGUCGUGUGUGUCUGUCUUACAGCGGCGUAAACUGAUUAUCGAGUGUGGAGGACCGAGUGGGAAAAAGCACGGUUUUGUAACAGAAAGCUCAAAAAUAGCACAGUACCUCCUGAACCUCUGCUCGGCACAGCACAAGUUUCACAGCGAGAUGACGUCACGACAACUUAACCACACCUUGAUACCGGGUAGGAAUACUUUGAUUGUGUAGAGGACUUUUGCUGUGACAUGUAGGGGAAAUCAUGGAUGAAUAACGCCCGAUUCCCCUUGGUUUCUCCAGAUGAGAACAUGGAAAAGUACCUGUCUGCGUACCACGGUCGUAACCUGAACCUGAAGCGGAUGUCCUGUUCAGAGGGCAUGCUAAACCACGUCGGUUUAGCACCUGGUCAGCCUGACUCCAUGUCCAAGUCUUGUGAUGACCUGACAGCUAAGCUAGAAGCUCGGCUACGGCAGCAGAGAGAGAUGAGGAGGGAGAUGAGCCGAGAGCUGAACAAGGAGCUUCCUGACUCUGGAGACCCCAGGGACACGAGGGAGCGGCCGUGCUGGAGGUAGAGAAACAAACGAGAAAUAAACUUCAUGUUCAGGUCAAAACAGAAACAGAUAUUUAAUGAAAAUGUGCACGUGUGUUUUAGCACCCCAGAGCAAAUCCCCAGAGUGAUGUCCAGUGUGUCACUCCAGAAGCAGGACUCUGACGCUUCAUCUUCAAUCAGAGGUGUGACUCUCUCUCUCUUUUUCUGUGAAUUUCUCAAAGAGGUGGCGAACGGAGGUAAAAAAGAGAACUUUAAGCUUCUUUACUAGAGCACCAUGAGCCUCUUAAACCGCUUAAACCUUCCUCUAAUUGAAGUUGUGUGAACUAUGGUAGACGGAUUAACACCGUUUUCCACCAGAUUUGCUGAGACUUCGAACAUGAAUAUAAAAACUAAUCAAAAGCAGCGCGUUAAUUUUCUGUAAAACAUGUUCUCUGCAGUUGAAACACCGACCAGAACCCCACCAGAGAGAGAGAUAGUCUGUGUGAACCUGAAGAAAGAUCCAAAACUGGGCUUUGGUGAGUUCAUAAAGGCAGAAUGAACUUUGACAUGGAUGUUGAGUUAACAUGUAGAGCGUCUUCUUCACUCCCACUCUGUUCCUGUUUCAGGCUUUGUGAUCGUGGGUGAGGACAACACAGGUAAACUGGAUCUUGGGAUCUUCAUUGCUUCCAUUGUGCCUGAUGGGCCUGCAGACAAGGAUGGACGAAUCAAACCAGGUAGGAAGAUAACGGUGUAUGUGUUGUAUCAUCCAUAUCAAAUCAUAAAUAACUAGAAAAGCACUCGGAGAGCGCAGACCUCCGCCAAGCAGCUCAUGUCCCCCUUAAACAAGAAAUGCCCUUAUUGGGAUUUGAACCCAGAACCUUCUGGUUGUGAGGCAACAGUGCUAACCACUACACCACUGUGCCACCUGUCUACACCACUGUGCCACAUAUCUACACCACUGUGCCGCCCAUUACUUAUCUUUCAGCAUUGAAAAUUCCAAAGACACCCUUAUUUUUGUGUGUUCUGGAUCACAGUAUCCAGAAUUUUGUCAGGAUCACCACCAAAAUUUAAUGGGAUCCUCCUGGGGCUGAGACGCACCUCUGGUGAAAAUUUCAGGUCAAUCUGUCUGUUACUUUCUCCGUAAAGUUGCUAACAGACAAACAAACCAACGCUAUCGAAAACAUAACCUCCUUGGCGGAGGUAACAAUCACAAAGUUAUAUUAGCAUUCAGCCUCUCUUUGACUAAUGCUCAUGUUGGCUUGAAAACAGCUGACGUUGGCUGUUGUCUGAUGGUAGUGAAGCUGCUCUCACAUAUGAACAUGCAUUUGUAGGAGGAGUAGUAGAGCUGAGUAUUUAAGUUGUGCCAAAUCUUCUGUGCCGGUGCCAAAGAGCUUAUUCUGUCAUUGACUCUUGUUUUGAGCUUCUGGGACCCCCGGCUGUGAGCAUGAGCCGUGCUACAGCGGUCAGUAGGUGACUGAUCUGGAUAGAGCCUGUGUGAUAGAGCAACUUCAGGCUAGUGUUCUACAAAACCAAACCACGGCAUUAUUUGGAGUUGUAGGCUGUCUUCUACAGUUUGUAAGGUUUACAGGGCGAUGUGGCUGACGGCUCUUUUCCUAGACAAUCCGGAACAGACUGCACACAGCCAAAUUCCGGUCUUAGAGGGUUGCCAGGAGACCUGCCAUUGCUUGCCCUUCACAUGUGGGUUUAUCAGAGACUACCUCCAGAAUUUGGGAGUGGAGAGGAGGGAAUGGCCUGCCAGCAGUCCUGACCUCAACCCCAUUUAUCACACCUGUGGGAUCACCUCGGGCGUACUCUUUGAGCCAAAGUGACCAACGCAACCACACUGGUUGGCUUUGGUCAAAUGCUGGUUAAGGAUUGGGAUGCCAUCCCACAGCGGUGUGUGGCCAGCAUGAGAGGAUGAGGUACCAGGCUGUUUUCUUGAAGACUCCAAAAACAGAGAACUGGACUGUGUCGAGUUGGAACACCAGGAGAUGGGUUUCUACGACCCAUUCUUUCCAACUCCUCCCAGUCGCAGAUAAAUAUCUGCUCCUCACACUAGCAAUUUUAGAACUGAAGAAGCUUCUUGGAUAAGAGGCGAAACGUCUUCUCAACGCUACACAGUCCAGUUGCCUGUUUUUGGAGUCUUCAAGUGAAUGAGAAUCUACAUGGACGUACCAGGCUGUUGUAGCUGUGUAUGAUUCUUCUAAGUGCCACUGAGGCUCCUGCUUGUGAAAUGAAAAAGCGAAUGUCUUGUUUCUUCAAGCUUUGAUCAUCCAAUCCACCAAAGAGUAAGCUCAUCCCACAAAUGCAUGUUCCUUACAAAUGUGGCGUCAUUUAAAAGGGAAAUAAACAGGCUUUCCAACAGUAUAAGAUUAACAAAGACAUAAUCUACCAAAACACUAAUUGUCUUACUCUUUGUGCUUAGUUUAGUUGCUGGCUGACAUUGUAAAAAAGACAAAGCAAAUUGCACACAACAACAUUACCGCAUUUAAAAAGGAGACCGUAAUGAUUGUGAUGGUUGUUCCAGGUGGACGUCUCAUCUCCCUCAACAAGACCAGUCUGGAAGGAGUAACUUUCAGUGAUGCAGCUGCUAUCUUGCAGAGCAGCCCUGAAGAAGUGGAGCUCAUUGUGUCGCAGCCGAAACGUAAGACCAUCUCAGCAGCGCUGUCUUCUCUGCCUGUCACUCGUCCAUGAACCAUUAAACACAUGAAGACAGACAAUGCUUGCCACCCCACCACACAGACGCAAAGCCAAAAUAAACCCAGCUAUAGGUGUUGACAUAGUUACAGCUUUGUAGAACCAUUCCUGAGGCUCUGCCCGCUCUCCUAACCAAAUACACAUAAAUCUCACCCAUAAAAAGGCAGUGAUCUUGUGUGGGUUUAAGGGCACUUUAAGUUAUGGAAAUAUAAACAAUCCUUGUAUAAGUGUGUGUCACGUUUUCUCCUCCAUAUUGGUGAUCUUGGCCACAUGGAGCCAUCAACUAUGUUAUACUCUAUCUUUUAGCAUCAAAUAACUGAUUAAAACUUUGAUGACAGAAAUCCUGUUUGUGAGAAAAUCUUAUUUCACCUGUAGUUUGAUUUUACAGCUCGAUCUACAUCAGCUGCUUCACAUGUUUUGGCUUCACUUUUAGGGAACUGUUAUGUCAUCCAACUUUAUAAGAAAACAAGAAACUGCAUUACUCCGUCACCAAACACAACCAUUAAUACCCUGAUGUGUUAUUUCCACCCUGUUGUUUUCCCCUCAGAGUCUCUCAAGGACAGUAAGAGCUCCUUGAGUCAGAGCACUCUUGGUCUUGCAUUGGAGAGGGGCUUCGGGUCACAGACCACCCUGAGCGGCACAGAGUACCGUCCCGCCGUGGAGGAGCUGGAAGAGGCCAUCACCCUGUCCAGCCUAGCGACUCCAAAACAGAACAGGAGGCUUCACAUCCCUGUCGUCCGAAUACAUGACGCCCAGGUGAGACUUAGUGCCGUGCUAACAUUGGCUGGAGAUAAGUGACUUUGUUUCCAUGGCAGCAGAGCCGUCGAGUGGGGGUCAGAGUUAAUACAAGAGUUUAGCUGGUGCUGAUUGUAAAACGGAUUAACCACUUUCAUUAAUGUGUUAAAACUCACCUUCAUCAGUCGCGCCCUUUAAAAGCCUCCCCUUUUUUUUUAGGAUGCGUGCUCCAGGUCUCCGUCCAUCUUGAGUCUGAAAACCGGGGAGCGCUUCGUGGUGGAGCUGAAGAAAAGUGGCGGCAGUCUCGGCAUGAGCGUCGCUGUGAGUUGACGGUUUCCCUUUUCAUUAGGCACAAACCUAAAACACUCAGUUGGAGAUUUAAAGGAUUGAUUUUAAUCUUGAAACACGUCGAUUCAGCUGUAAAAUCCUUUUGAAAGUCAGCUUCUGUACAGAGAGCCACUCAGCCUACACCAAAGUUAAUUCAGAUCGAGUAAUCUGAAAGAAAACCAUUUAUCAUUCAUAAGCUUUUACUUUUAUUUUACUUUCUAACACAUGAACCCUGUCUCUACGAGGGUUUACAACUCUACAACCAUUAUCCCCCAAUCCCACUGUGACUGAUACACCCUAACUUAAAACCUGAGCCCAGACAGACAGUCUUGCGCCUCAUGCCAUGCUAACAUACUUAAAUUGUGCCAAGGACUUAGUGACUUUGUGCUACAAGUGUGAGAUCAGCUCGAGCAAACUGAUUAACGAGAUCUACAGAGAGGCCAAAAGGUAACGAGUAACGUGGAAAGGUCAACUUGGACGGCGACAUUGCUGAGUCAGAGUGUUAUGUUACAUCUCUGUUUAUGUUUACAUCUUCCGUUUUUAAAUGAUUACGCACGGAUAGAAAAUGAAUCAUAACUUUGCUGUGGUCUCUUCUCUUUAAUUAAAGGGAGGGAUUAACACCAACGUGCGAUUCGGAGGCAUCUACAUCAAGAGUCUGGUGCCUGGAGGGGCGACAGAGCAGGAUGGACGCAUUCAGAUCGGUAAAUCUUUUUAAUUGGUCAAUCCAGUGUGAGUCACAAAAGUCAUCAAUCUCUUAUCUGAGGAUAUCACAGGGUUUUUGGUCCUGAGGAUGAUGAAAACAGGAUGAAAUAUCUGAGGAUUUUUCAUCAUCCAAAGAGAGAAUAUGAAAUAACUGCAGUAGCCCAGAGAGAUGAAAGCAUUUAUGAUAAUUCAGGUUAUUAUUGUGUAUUUUAGUCAGUCGUGUCUGUCUGAAUACGCCUCUACUGCCUCUGCGCCGUGUCUGCUCCUCUUAUGCUUCACUGAGCGGGAACGACUUUGAGAUUUGUUGACAUGCCCGUCAACCACAUAUACACACACAUACACACACACACAUACAUACACACACACACACACACACACACACACACACACACACACACACACACACACACACACACACUAACCGUUUAUGUAUUGAUGUGGCUAAUGAUGAUGAGAUUUGUGUCUGUACAUAUGACAGGUGACAGACUGCUGGAGGUUGACGGGUCCAACCUGAGGGGCGUGACUCACCAACAAGCUGUCGAGUGCCUGAAGAAGACAGGGGAGGUAUAUACACACAUAAACACACAUACACACACACACACACACACAAACAGAUGCAAAUAUGCACUUGUAGAGAGCACAUUUCUGCAUGAACAAAUGGAUUUUUAAAGCAUUGCUGUAUAAAGUCUUAAAUUGUAAGCAACAUGUAUUUAGUUUUUUUUAGAUUAGAUUAGAUUUCCUUUAUUUAUCCCUCAGCGGGGAAAUUAAAUUGUUAACUGCAGCAGUAAACACAACAUACACAUUCAUACCGUAUGCAAAAAACAAAUAAAUUAGAUAAAGAACUAUAGUUAAAAAAAAAAGGAAAGAGAAGGACUUUUACAGGGACUUGGAUGUCAGUAAGUCAAAAAGUAAAAUAAACUUUGGAUUACAGCAGCAUUAUGAUAUCUGACUAAAAGAUGUAAACAUGUAUAUCUAUAGAUUUCAGGUUUUGAUCAGAACCUCAAGAGCUCUUUAACAUUUCAGUCAUGUGAUUUAUUUAGCUGUGAAAGAAAAUCCUCCUCUUUUUCUUACCGAGUUACCAAGAAGAUCAUCUCUGAAUUACAGGAAAAGUCUGACUGAAAAAUAAAAAGUUUCUCUGUUUUUCUGUAUUUAUAAGAUUGUUCUUUCAGUUACCUCAUAGCCAACAUGGAUGCAUCACAGAUCAGUAUCAUCUUGUGUCCAUUAAGCGUGCUGUAAUCAGCUCAGCUCACCCUGGAGAAGUACUGCAGCAUCCAGCAGAUCAGAUCAGGCAUCACAUCUGAAAGACUAUAAAGCCUAAUGUGCCCGAGCAACAGCAACAAACUCAUAGUGAUAACAAACAUUAACAACAUCAUGUUACUUAAGGACAUGAUGACAUCUUCCAAUCCCUAAAACCCCAAAAUAAUGCUGGAUUAAAGUAAAUAAUCAGGAAACGUUGCUUCCUCUACCAGCGAAAAUAAGAGAGUAAUCAGGAUUAUGUAUCUCAUUAAAGCGUAUCUCAUUAAAGCUACAGUCAGGGGUUUUAUAACAUAUAUUAAAUAGACUGAAUUAUGAAUUGAUACAUUUUAUGAUACACAAAAGCAAAAAACCAACAUGAACAAGAUUCAUGUUUUCAUACUGUUGUCCACAGGGGGCACCAAAACGGACACAAACCAAAAGUUCCUCACAGGAGCUUUAAAUGAAAAUACAUUUAUCCGUUAAAACCAGAUCACAAACUGUAUGAAAGGAGCUGUAUGUGCAUUUGUUCCCCGUAGGUUGUGACCCUGCUGCUGGAAAGGGAGCCAACCAUAAUACUGGAGCCCAGACCUGAAUCCCCCUGCCCCCCUUUGGUCCACAGUCCAUCACACAUACAGCCCCCCAGGACCGAAGUCUCCAUGGAAACAACCUUGAGUGGUCGAGCCAAGGACUACAGCUUUGUGACUGAUGGUGAGGGGGGGAGAGGAAGGGGCACAAACGCUCACAAAAGGGAAAAAAAGACACACACACACACACACACAUUUGCACACAUGGCCCAGAGGUGACUGUGAGUCAUCUGACAGCUACAUUGUGGUUUCUGUCAGAGUCAUCCAGAGCUGACGCGUCCUCUGUCCCCUGAGACGGCGUGCUCUGAAACCUUGAAGCUGCCUGUUCAGCUGAGUUAAAGGGACAGUUCAUCUUCUCUGCAGAGCCCACAUGUCCGUACAAAAAAUCCUACAAAGAAAUCAAAGCUCAUCUGCUCUUUAAAUUAAAACGCUGGAACGUGUUGGGGAGGCUGAUUAAACAUUUUCUGUCGACGACGAUCCAAAACACAACCAACAUUACAGAUUAAAGAUUACACAACUCACAUUCGUGCUCCAAGAUUCUCUCCAUCUCCUUUUUUUCCCUAGAAAACACACAUGAAGUGGUGCUGCAGAAGAGUCUGUCAGGCCUCGGCUUCAGCUUCAACAUCUCCAGGCUGCACUCGGGGUCUGACAGCGGCAGCGUGGUCCGAAUCAAACGUCUGUUCCCGGGUCAGCCCGCGCUGGAGAGCGGCCUUCUGAGAGAGGGGGACAUCAUCCUGUCUGUGAACAGAGAGCCCGUCAAAAACCUCUCCUACCAGGUAAAAUCAAGACAAAUUUGUUAAAGUUUGUUAAUUUUAGUUUGUAAAAGAUUAUAGUCUGUUUCCAGGGUUAUAGUUUUUCAGUCACCAAGCAUCUUUCUAUUUGUUUAUCAUUGUUUUUUUGUUUGUUAUUCUUUUUUUUAUAUAUGAACCCACCUCUUAUAAAUUCUGUUCUUAUAAAUGUGUUAUAGAAACUUAUAAUUGUUAAUAAUCUCAUGCAGUGCCGUCAUUUUACUUUAAGUGCUCAAAGUAAGAAUCAUAGAACUUAUAACUUCUUUUAAUGCGUAGAAUAAAUUCUAUUUAAACCAUUAUAACUGGAUAAAGUUGUGAAAUUUAUAUAAAGUGUCAUUAAACCCAGAAUCAGAUUAGUUUUGUUGCAUUAAGCACUUUGUAAAUGACUGUUUUUAAAGGUGCUAUAUAAUUUAAGUUAUUGUGAGGUGUAAUGCCUUACAAACCACACCUUUAUAAGGCAUUAUUCUCACUGCUUACAGUUUAAAACUUCAUUAACAUUAAUAGAAGCUGUUAUGAAUGCUUAUUAUCACUUAUUGUUAUAAAGCCUUGAAGAUGCAUUAAUUGUUCGGUUUGCUUUUUCUUGUCAUGUAAAUAUUCAAGUUGAGUCUUUCCACAGUCAAAUGUAACAUUUAUUGUGAAUAUUUAAUAAGGAAAAUGUAAAAACAAAGGCUGUUUCUUACACCUACCCCUCUCGCACUGGUUUUACGUAUCAGAGAACACGAUUUAAAAAUCACCUGUCUUGUCGCCGACGGUCUUGUUUGCUGUCAGAUAUCAUGAAAAGGCCUAAAAAUGAAUUUCGGUUUGUUUCAUAAACAUAAAAAAAGUCACUUACAGGAGCUUUAAAUGUUUAUGUUAUGAUAAGUCAUACAUACUGUAUAUCCCUGCAGUUCUGACACAGAACACCAGGUGAAGGCUUGGGUUAUUAUGCAAAGCUGAGUUCCAGGUGAUAGAAGCCAGGUGUGUGUUAUGAAGGAGAACAUUUUUGACUUAACUUGCAACUUGAAAUGAACUAAUUCUCUUUUACCUAAAUAAGACAUUAAAGGGCUUUAAUUACUUGGUGUUAUUCGCAGACUAAUUCAGACAUUAUUCAGAUUCAGACUUAAGCUCCAACAGUGGUCAGUGGUAGUUGAACAGUUUUAAAGAUAUUCUGAAUCCAAAACUGGGAUAAAUUUUCUCACGGUUGCACUGAGGUUUUCGUCGUCCCUACACCAGUUGAGGACCUGUUCAUACUUUGUUCACAGAUAUCUGUUUCAGUAGUUGCUUGUGUUUGUAGCAGAAUAAUUGUGAAUGAGCCGGUUAGUGUGUGAGCAGCCCGUGUAGUGACCCUGUUCUGUCUUAAGAUCUUCACGUCACCCCUCCACUAAUCCUUUAAUCUCAUACGUCCAAAUAUAGCAGGCUGGCCGUGUCCUCCUGUUUGAUGUGUCAUUUAAUCUUUUGUGUACUUCCAAGGAGUCACAUGUGUUUUAAUCACAAAAGGAGGCGUUUAACCAUGGAGCAAAAAUUUUAAAAUCAAAAUUAUGUCACCUAAAGAUGCACACAGGUUACAGUCCUCUGUAACAAAGUUUUAAUAGUUUUAAAUUAUUAUUUUUUUUUGUUUUCAAUUUAGAUUUUAUAAGUCCACUUUAGUUAAAAAAAUGCAGAUUUUUAUCUUAGAUUUUGUUAGUUCGUGUUUAUGUCUUUAUUUGUGUCAUUUCAGAGAGUUUUGUUCCUGCUCCGUGGAGCUCCAUCUGAAGUUCAUCUGCUGAUCUGCAGACCGGGUCCUGGAGUACUUUCUGUGGUAGAUGACAACACGCUGGUGAGUUCACAAGUGUGCUCUCGUAUACAUGAGUACACAUCAAAUCAGAAUUAGAGGGUUUAAAAAUAAUUUGAUGCCUUUAUUUGAAAGGAAGAAGUGGAAAGACAACACACCAAAUGCUGAAAAUGAAUCAUUUUACGAUGCUUGUUUUAAAAGCUGUGCCAAAAACAUGUUUUAAAUAAGGUUGGACAGGGUCAGGUUUACCAUGAUAUAGUAUCUCCUCUUCUUUUGGUGUGGACAAACAUUUGUACUAACACUCUGUGAAAAUUUAUAAACCAAGGAGAUCAGUUCCUGUAGUUUUGACAGUCCUGCCUGUUUAGGAUUUCAGCUGCUCAACAGUUCAAGGACUCCUUUGUUGGAUUGCUGUUCGAUGAUGCACCAAAUGUUUUAAUUAAGUGACGAGCAGGACUGCAGGCAGGCCAGUUUAGCACCCUAACUCUUUUUCUGCGAGACAUCUUGUUGCAGUACAUGCAGAAUGUGGUUUGGCAUUGUUUUGCUGAGAUGUGAUUUCCCGCUUAGCUUCAGUCCAUCUUUAGUAGACGUGGACCCUGAGAAGCUGCCAGCAUUUCAUAGUUACGUCGAUCAUAUUUAUACACAAUUUUUUUCAGUUUUAAACCCAUGCAGUGAUUUCCACUACAGAGUCAUGUCUUUUCUGCAGAUCCGCUUAAUCUUUCAAUGAUAUUAUGUUUUGUGAAUGGGAUGUAUAGCAUUGGAGUUCCUGGUUUUCAUGUUGUCCUUCCCUAUUAGAUUCUCAUGUGUGAUAUUUUCUGUGUUCUCUAAAAAGUAAGUAAACUAAUGAAAAUAAAAAGUUUGUACCAUUAAAAAAGAAAAAGUUUGACCUGGAAAUCCAGACUGAACUCCUCCUUUCUGGUUCUGUAGAGUCCUGCAUCCUUCAGAGAGGUUCGAUCCCGGUCUCUUGACAUCAAACUCGGUGAGGACUACAGCCAGCUGCUCAAGUUUCAAUGUGAUAUCAAAAUACCCAUCCAGAAACCAGCCCCUGUCCAGGAUGAAGACCUGAUCAACACAACAGAAAAAGGCCCAGAGCCUCCAUCACUCCCAGAACCUCGAAAGAGUCUUGACAUUAUAAUCCAGACCAACCAGCCUCUGCCGUCUCCUCCUCGCUCUCCCCCGUCACCAACCUCACCUCCAUCACCUCCAUCACCAAUUUCGCCAGCUUCGCCUGCCUCCCCGGCCUCACCUGCCUCGCCUGCUUCACCUGCCCCUGGUUCUCCACCGACUCCAUCAAAGUCGCAGCCGACUGCUGGGAAACAAGCAGAGGAACACCAGGAGGUGGAGACAAAGAGGAAGAGCAAAGGUGAAGGUGAGGAGGAGGCUGCAACAACGACAAGGUCACUGGUGACGCAUAUGGAUGUCUGCCCUAAGACCGCCUCCAACUAUGUUUAUUCCAGGUGAGAUAUUACCUGGAGGCAAACAUGAGACCUACUACAUUUCUUAUUUUCACAGUACUAUGGAAAUCACACUACUUACUCAUGUAAAGGUCAAGAUAAGCAAAUACUGCUCUGUCCACAGGGGGCGCCAAAACUGACACAAACCCAAAGAGCUUUAAAGGGAUAUUCUGGCGUAAAAUUAAUUUAGGGUCAAACACACCGUAACACAGAGUUAGACACCUCCUCCAGAGAUGAAUGUUGCUGACCGCUUGCUUCUCUAGUCUACUAAACACAACUCACCUACUCUCUUCCAGCAGCCGCUUGUUUGUAGCAAGACCACGGGUCAGUCCAUUACGGACUACAGCGGGGUGUCGCAGCUCAAGGAAGAACAUUUAUGAUCAUUUCUUUAUCAUUUCCUUGAAGUAAUAAUCACCAUGUUGAUCAUUUUUCACUGCAGACGCGGUAGUUCUUCUGCCUUAGCAUCUCGGUCUGAUUGUAUCACCAUGAAGUAAUGAUCAUAAAUGUUCUUCCUUGAGCUGCGGCAUCCUGCAGCAUUCGACUCUGUACAAACAAGCAGCUGCUGGAAGAGGGUAGGUGAGUUGUGUUUAGUCUCAUUGCUAAAGAAAUUAGUCAAAUUUAAAAAGAUGUUUGGUGGCUGCGACCCUAUAUGUCCUGUUGAUAAAGUUAGGUGCUGUUCUGAGCAUUAUUUAAAGUGGCUAUAGAGUGGCGUUUUGGUUGAGGUUUGUUUAAGGCUCCUCAGACCGCUGUGUAUUGCUAUCGCGUGGUUGUUACUAAAGUUGGUAUAACUAGAGAAACAAGCGGUCAGCAACAUUCAUCUCUCAACAGGGUGUCUAACUCAGUGUUUUGGUGUGUUUGACCCUAAAUUAAUUUUACGCCAGAAUAUCCCUUUAAAGCUCCCGUGAGGAACUUUGAGUGCCCCCUUGUGUGUGAACUAAACACUAACUCUUGUACUUUCGAUGACCUCUUACUGUAGAAGUUCUUGAUGUAAAAACCUUGUUCAAUUUCUUUUCAAAGUUGAUCAUACUGCUUUUAUGGUAAGUAUUGACAGAAACGAUAACAUGACUUCUGUGUUCACUAAACCUCAAAAAAAAAAAAACAAUAUGAGGAACUUUUAACUGGAUGAGAUACAGGCUGAAACAGAUACAGAAGCCUGUUUAUGAUCCUCAAAAGCAAAUGGCAGUUGUGAUUUUUUGUUCAUGUUACACACUGAUUACUGUUGUUUCUCUUCAGCGGUGUCAGAGAGGAGGCUGAUGGGAGUGUGACAUAUUGCCUGGUGGGAAACGGACUGACAAUCAUGGCUGAUGAAGAGUAUCUGACCAUCAGCUCCACUCUGGAGCCUCCUCACAGCUUCCCCUCCAGUCUCACCUCCCACACAACAACCACCAACCUCACAGCCCCUCACUCUCAAACCUCCAACACCUCCUCCGGUUUCGGGUCUCAGAAUCCAAACCUCGGCCCUCAAAUCCCCACCACAAACAUCUCACCGCUCGGCCUAUCAUCCGAAACCCCGACCACCUGUCCCCCGACCCACGCCUCUCAGCCGCUCACAACACAGCCACCCAAAGCCAAGCACCACCCCAUCCAGCAGGGACUUCUCCCCAGUCACUACAAAGCCAUGUCCAAGAGCAGCAGGCCUCUUGUGCCUCCACCCCUGCCUCCUGCUCCACCUCUGACCCCCAUCACAGCCCAGGUCAUGUCGUCUGUGGCUCCCUGUACGAGCCCACCUGCACUAACACUACCGGCCCCAGUGCUGCCUCCUAUUGUCCAGAGUCACUCACCGCCGAGGGAGGAACCAGAGAAGAGAGAGAGGGAGUACAAGGAUGACGAUACAGAAGAGGAUGACGACGAGGAAGAGAGUCGAAGAAAGGCAAGUUUCUUUGCUUUUACAGAAAAAUGGCGUUUGGUAGAUUUACUGCCAAGAAUAAUUGUGACUGUGUGUAGUCAGUGUAGAUUUUACAAGUUUGAAGAAAUGAUAAUUAUGAAAAUUAAAUCUUAGUUAUUUGAAGAUUUGGGAGUUUAUGUCACAGUUUUUAUGCUUCUCUUUUUACCUGUCAGGGUUUUGUGAAAGAGUUUGAGCUGACAGUCGUUUUGAGUAAAUCCAGGAGUGGAAGCUUCGGGUUCACCAUCACUCGCAGCAAACUGGACAACUGCUACUACAUCCAGGAAAUACUGGACAACCCAGCCAAGUCAGAUGGACGUCUGAGAGCAGGAGACAGACUCGUCACAGUACGCUCAAACACACACGCACACACACCGUAUGGAGUAAACACUUUUUGAUUGAAUCAUUAUUUUUAUUAUUAUUGUUUCUUUUUUAGGUAAAUGGGCAUAACGUCACCAAUGUGGCGGAUGAUGUUGCCAUGACGAUUCUCAGGUCGUCUCCGAGAAAAUUAAGUAUGACCCUGGGGAGAUCGGUUACCAAUCUGGUGGCCCCGCCCCCCUGUGACAGCCUGCCUGAUGUUGUUCUCUACAAGACGCCAUCAGGACAGUUAGGUAGGACAGAUUUUAAAGGGUUUUUGAAGAAGAUUAUUCAACAGAAUUAAAUCAAUCCUGAUGCGUCUAUAUGAUCUAUAACUUUUACCUUUACUGAUGAAAUGUUUACACACAUUGCCGGUUUUGCUCUGAGCGUUAACUCUGUUUGUGUGAAGGUAUCAAGCUGACAGGAGGCAUUGGCAGCAAAUGGCAGGGCAUCUACUGUCUGGAGGUGGUGCCAGGCUCUCCAGCCAGCGAGGAGGGCAGCGUCCAACCCAACGACAAGAUCCUCUACAUCUGCGGCAGGUGCACGCUGGGAAUGACCCUGGAGGACGCCGUCAAAGCCUGCGAGAUCGCCCCGCGGAAAGUGAAACUCAAAAUCAUCAGGUAUGGAGUCGAAUUCGAAUCUGAGAGGAAGAAAUGACACAAAUGUAUGUUUUAAGUUAUUCCACCUUUGAGCGUCUGUGUUGUUGUGUGUCUGCCACAGAGAGGAGCAACCAGUGACCCCACGGGCGAAGUGGAACGGUAGGUGCCUCUGAAGGAUUUAUGGGAUGGUUUCACCUGCUUGACUUAACCAAGGGAUACAUAAACAGGAUAGUUUUGUUGUUAUACGCACUGAUGGACUGCUUAGAAACCAGACAUGUUCGUACUCACCUGGAAGAGGAUCAAUCAUUACCAAAAAACCCGCUGAAUUUUGCUCUGAGUUUGCUUUUGCAUUCAUGAACUUUUUGUCUUGUCUUGCAGGUCUGUUUGAUUGGAAAAAGGACAAAAAGUUUUUUGCUCGCUUUGAGGAGCCGGAGCCGGAGAGAAUCUCUCCUAUUGAAGAUGGUGAUUUUUUUUAUUCCAUUAGACCUCAGUUCAAUAGUUUUGUUGGUUUGAAAGUUUCAGGGAUAUUUCACCAAAGCGUCAAAAGUAGAAAUGAAAGCGAUAGCAUGAGAGGGUUUCUCUCCUCAGCAGACCUCCACAUUUUUCUCUCAGCACCGUCACUGCUUUCCUUUCACUCUUUUGCUUGUUGCUCUUUUGUUUGAGUGAAGCCAGAGCUCAGUGCUGAAAGAUAGUUCUCUCUGCAGCUGUAUGUGCAUGUGUGUGUGUGUGUUAAUGUGUGUGUGCAUGUGUGUGUGAUCUGAAUGCUGACAGACAGAUCCUGGGCUCUCACAGCAGGAUUAAUAAUUAGCAAGCCUCGGGCCCUCCACUGGUGUAUUGGACUGCAGGGCUGGAUCCAUCAUACACACUUACACACUCACACACACACACACACAGAGCCAUACAGACGGUGGUCUACCUACAGGGCAGGUAGCUCAGUUGCUUGGUGACGGUGCGUGCAGCAGCGGUAAGGGACAGUGGAGAGGGUCAGUCUGAAAAGAGCAGACUUGUUCACCUGUCAUAGACGAGACGCACCCAUCAACACUUCUCUGUCAGUAUGGCCGAAGAGGGGGGAGGUCGGUGUACGUUUCUUUUCCUGUAUCUAAAGCAUAAAUUCUAUUGGCUGAGAAAAAGACCCCUGGGUGUAAAUUUGUAGAGGAAGGAAGCUGCAUCAGCUCAGGAUUGAAUCGUUUUGAACUUUUCCUGGCUUGUAAAAUCGGUGAUUCAUAAAUCCUCCUGUUUUUUUUUUCAGCUGAAACUUUGUGCAGGACCCCCGGGAAUUUCAGAUGUCUCCCUUUCCCUCAAGAUCAAGAGGUAAGUCUUUGAAAUUUUUACUUAUCUUUAUCCAAAAGCUUGAACUUCUUGUUUUAAGUCUUUUUUGUCAUCUUUUGCCAGCUCUGUCUGUUCUUCUCUCUUAUACAACACAUCUGUGGAAGCACACACUGUAACCUGAUUCUGCAGUGUGUCAAUCUGCAAAUGCUUUCUCUGCUCACAGGGUCACUGUCUGCAUUUGUGUGUGUGUUGAUGAGCUGAUAAUAUAAUGGCAGUGUUUUUUUUGCAGGAUAUGAGGCUCUCUCUUACACUUUCCCUUUUCCUCCCUUGAAAUUAAAAUGCUUUUUCUCUCUUUUUUAAUCGCCUUCAGAGUUGCAUCAUGCAAGUGGAGUUCACCAAACCAGAGGGAGGAGGCCUUGGCUUUGCUUUGGUCGGGGGCACUAAUGGCAGCAUGCUCAGAGUGAAGGAGAUCUGCUCCGGUGGAGUAGCUGAGCAGGACGGUAGACUGAGAGUGGGAGAUAUUCUGUUAGAGGUAAAGGCUCGCUGUCGGUUUUGUUUGCUCUGAGGUCUUUUGAAUUUGAGAAAAACAAUCAUAAAACGUUUGUUUCCAGGUGAACGGUGUAAUUGUGUCCGGCCUGAGCCACAGUAAAGUGGUGGACAUCCUGCGGAAAGCUGAAGGUUCUGUUCAGCUCACAAUCUGCAGAGACAUCCUGCCUCUGACCUACUCUGAGGCGCCGACACCUCCUAACAUGUCGGCCCAGACUGAAGCCAUACUAGCCGAGCAACCGGCUCCUGUGUCCAGCCCUGAACCCUGCUCCUCUCCUGACGCCAUGUUGAAUAAACCGGUCGAUAAGCCGCCUGGUAAGAUUUUUGAUAACAGCUGCUUCAUUGUCGUUCUGUAGUGUUGAUCACACGUACAUGCUUAAAGGUGUACGUUCGUGCGUAUUUACGGUGCACAGAUGUGAUCAAUUCCUCAGAUUAUCAAACGUGCAGUGAGCUUGAUCUGCACUUUUUCUGUUCUUAUCAUAACACCACAGCUAAGUGGUAUCAGCCCAAGUAUAAAUCCCACAAUGCAUUAAGGUGGAGAAGUUUGUUGCAAAUGUUGUAACUUAAUAUUAUGCUCAUAUAACAACAACUUUUUAGUAUAACUGUACAUUCACAAACUCUGAUAAUGUGUUUGCUGUGAGGAGAGCAUGUUUAGGGAAAUUUAUAACAGCAAAGGCACCGAAAACAAACAUUCAGAUUUAUCAAUUUAAAGGGAUAUUCACGCGUAAAAUUAAGUUAGGGUCAAACACAUCGUAACACCGAGUUAGACACCCCCUCCAGAGAUGAAUGUUGCCGACCACUUUUUUCUCUAGUUAUACCAACUUAAGUAACGACCGCACAAUAGCAAUACAGAGAGCCACACACUCAACCAAAACGCCACUCUAAAUAAUGCUCAGAACAGCACCUAACUUCAUCAACAGUACAUAUAGGGUCCCAGCCAUAGUACUAGCCACCAAACAUCUUUUUAACUUUGACUAAUUUCUUUAGAAAAGAGACUAAACACAACUCACCUACUCUCUUCCAGCAGCCACUUGUUUGUAGCGAGAUCUCGGCCGACUGCAGCGGGGUGAAGCAGCUCAUUUAUGAUCAUUUCUGUAUCAUUUCCUUGAAGUAAUAAUCACCAUAUUAAUCAUUUUGCACUGCAGACGCGGUAGUUCUUCUGCCUUAGCGUCUCGGUUUGAUUGCAUUUCCAUGAGGUGUCUAACUCGGUGUUACAGUUUGUUUGACCCUAACUUAAUUUUACGCCAGAAUAUCCCUUUAAGAGCAGAGAAUGAGCGCACAGCGACUGGUGAAAGAAGCUUUAUCCUUCAUUAUUUCUUUUUAAAAGGACGGUGGCCACAUAUGUAUCAUUACUGAUGUGCAAAGAUGUUAUUUAUGAUUAUUUGGAGUAUUUUAUUAUGGUUGCAUACUACAAAUGGAACUGGACAGUCAGGUCUUGUAAUGACAAAAAGAAAGUGGGAAAAUCUGAAGUAUAAAUAUAAAGAAAAAUGACAGAAUCAAUUAAAUAAUAUCUUACUUUAUAAUAUCCUCUGCUAGUACAAUCUUCUCAGCUGCUUUUUUAACCCCCCCUCAGUCACUUAAUACUUCCUUACACACUAAAGGAAAUGUUUCUUUUAAGAGGCGAAAUGCCAGUAAAGUGUGUGUAUAACCAAUACGAUCAGCUAAGUGUGGAGUAAUGGGACACAGUCAUAGACUUUGAGACGCUACUUGGCUUUACCUGCUUUGUUAUUAAUGUGAUUUCCUCUAUAAGUUACCGCUGCUCAAAGAAAUGAUUUUAGGAAUGAAAGUUUCAGGCAGCUUAAUCUCAAAACUUCAAAAGAUCAAUAAAGCUAAUGAUCGGAAAUGUGAAGUGAGAUUGUUGCUUAAUUAGUACUUAAGUUAUUACGAUAACCUUGAGCUUAAAGAAGUAGUAGGUUCGCAUGAGAGUUUAACCUGUGUGGAAAUAAAAACAAUGAAAGGACACAUCUUUAUAAUGAAAUGAGCAUUCAAAUGAAAUCUGUAUCUUCACUCGCAGUUUUCUAUUUUACACUUAGUGACUGAUUUUCGAGGGCUUAAACACAGCCUCGUCUAAAUGUAUAGUAACCUGUUAUUCCUGCUCCAGAGGCGACCUCAGAUCCCCUCCUCAGUGAGGCUCCUGUUGUUCUGACCACACCUCCUCCUCCACCUCGCCGACUCACCAUAGUAACAGAUGAGGCCACGAUCAAACAGGUAAACUCAAACGCAUGGACCACUCUGUCAUUAUCAUAACUUUAACUUUUUAUUAAUGAAGUAUUACCCCUACUUGUCUCUUUACUAACAUCUGCUACUAAUAUCUCACCCCCUCCUGUCUGUUCCUUCCUCUGCUUGCUGGUCCGUCUUGAACAGGAGAGCUGUGAAAGCACCCCUUCUCAUCAAGCUUGCUGCCCGUCCCUUAGUGUCACUGACAUGUUGCAUGGAGCCUCUGACAGGUAGUAACCUCUCCCCUCUUCUAGUGUCUACUGACUCCCUCUUUUGUAGUCCUCCUCUUCUUCAUCCUGCUCCCUCUGUUGUUCCACUCUUGACCACAAGGAGGCAGCAGAGAGCAGUGAAAGUCUGCUGGUGCUUAGGGCUGAGAACCUCACUAAGACAGUUAGGAAGCCUAUAGUAUCAUUCUCCUCAGAGCAGUAGGUAUGGCAGACAUUUUAGCCUCUUGUCUAUACUGUAUUUUAGGUGGAAAAGUCGCAGGGAAAGGAAGCUCAGCCUUGCAUGAUUUCAUCCCCUCCUACCGAAGAGUAAAAUGGUCUGGUCUCACCCCUGCCCCCUGACUCCCCCAGGAAACAAAUUGUGACCAAACUUUUGGACCAGUCGUGUAAAGAUAUCCGGAAGUCUCAGUCAGACGGCUGGAGCAGCGAAGACGAAGACGAUGACGUGUUCGAAGCCACCAGUCUGGAGACGACCUCGCCACAGACAGGUUUCUGUUCUUUAAGCUCUUACGCCGAUGUGACAGAGUGAAAACGCAUCUGCGCUGUGUCAUAAAAACAUCAUUAUCCCCCUCUCUUUACUUCUUCUCAUCUCAUCAGGACCACCCAUAGUAUCCGAGGAGGAACUUGCCAGUUUAGCCGUCAUUAGUCCCUCAAAGUCCAGUCAGUAUUCAGGCUCCAGGGUCAAAGCUCUCAUCCAGAUUCUGCAGCAUCAACUGGACCAGCAGGAACUGGUUAAGGAAUUCAUGGUGUGUAUGUGUUUAAAUACACACAUUUACCCAUCAGUGACAUGUAGAGUUUUAAAAUCAACACAAGAAAGGGGGAAAACUGGACACUGGAGAUAGGGCUGGGCGAUAUGGAGAAAGUUUAUCACAAUAUUUUUUUUUCAUAUUAGUCGAUAUCGAUAUAUAUCACAAUAUAAAAAAUGAAAUGUAACAGUGUUUAUUGGUGGCAUGUCUUUUUUGUCGUGAGGCGCUGUGCUGUUAAAGUGCUAUGGUUGAGUAUAGCUGCUGUCUGCUACUACGUAUUUGUUUGCUUCUUGGUUCUAAUUCAGCACAUGAUUGGUUGAGCGCGAAGUGGACCCGGAGAAACUCCCCUUCUCAUUGGCUGUUCGUUAGGGGUGGGAGAAAAAAUUGAUUCACAGAAGUAUUGUAAUUUUUUUGUUUCACAAUUUUUAUGUUCAAAAAUCUUUUUUUUUUUUAAUUUAAGAAUAAAUCCGACACACGUGAUGUGUAUUUUUUGGGGAAAUAUGGUUCCUGGAAUAGUCAGUAGACAAUCAGAAUCAUUCAGCUGUUUCACUGGUGUUAAAAAUGCAGACUAAAAAUCGAGAAAGUCAACAACAUGGUAGAAUCGCAAUUUAAAUCAAAUUGGCAUCCAAAAAAUCAUAGCAAAAUCGAAUCGGAAAAAAAAAGCGUAUCGUCCCAGCACUACUAUUCGUAUAGUCUACCAAAACAUGGCAGAAUGCCGAUUAUCGAAAAGCACAUUGAUCAUGUUUUAUAUUGAUAUUGAGGGAAAUUAAUUUUCGAUAUAUAUCGUUAUCGUUUUAUCGCACAGCCCUAACCGGAGAUAAUCACAAUCUUUAGUUUAACUCUACAAUCACACAGUCUUACAACAGCUAGAAGCAACAACAGACUCUUUUAUACCUCAGAUUGGGUGAUACAUAAAGUUUCAGGUCACAGUCUUGUUGUAUUCUAUACCAGCGCUCGUAGAAAUGCCUCCUGUCCAAUCAGAUUACUCGGUAAGAGCCCCCUGUUGUAUAAAAUACUUUAUAUUACACUGUUAAUGAGGGAAAAGCAGCAAUACACCCCUCCCCCUCCACAUAUACACAUAGAUGCCUAAGCAUUAUUAAACGCUGCGGUCUAGCACUGUGUUUUAUGGACAGACAUAUAGGAAUCCAGCCGCAGUCUUUACCGUAAAAGUUAAUCUUUCUGUUAUUGUGCUCCUGUUGCUCAUUUCAGGCUCUGGAGCAUCUGAAGCCCUCUGACAACUGUGUGGUAGGAAAAGCCCCCGAGAACAGAGAUAAGAACCGCUACAGAGACAUCCUUCCCUGUAAGUCUCUUGCAGGACCUGUGUUAAACCUUUACUUUCUUCAGGGAGAAUCUAAACUUUUACUUUCUCCGUUUGUUUACACCCCUGCGCUUUUAUUUUAUGUUCCCCCAUUGGAGAUUUUUAUUGGUGAACUAAAGCUUGUAAAAGUUGGAUACUCACAGACCUGGCAUUUAUUGGAGAGCCUGUUUGUUAGCACUGUUACCCUUUUCUUUCUAAGGUAUUUACUGAAGGGGGUGGAGAUGUUGUUUACUGCACUAAAGUCAUGUCUGCACAACAAAUCAUUCUCUGCAUUAGUAUCGAUGAUUCACUGGUGCCACACUUGUAAUUUUCUCGGAGUCGGCCAAGUAUGUGAUUAUGAAGAUGUCAUUUGUUUCCAAACCUAGUAAUAAUCUAAGAUUUAUCUUUUUUAAUUAUUAAAGCGGCACCAGGAGAAAAUUACAAGCUGUGUAAUUGGUUUGGAUUUCAGGGGGUAAAUACAGAGAGGAUGUGUGAGUGUUGCGUGUCGUCUGGGAUGUAAAUCUUUUAACGGGGUUAACACUGAAAGAUUUGAAACAUGUUCGAGAAGUAAAUCUUGCUAGAGAGCACAUAUAGGAAGUAAAUGUUCAGGAAGUAAAUCUUGCUGGAGAACACACAUAUACAUGUACAGCUAAGGGCCUGUGUCCUUCAGCUGGAGAAAACCAGUUCAGUACUCAGCAGCAUCAGCACUCAGCGUCCCUAGUGUAAAAACCCUACACAUAGAUGCUUAGCCAGUAUUAACCCUAACCCCUAACCUUAACCCACAAUCAGCAUCUGUCAAUAGCAAAGGCAGAGGUCUGUAUGGAAAAGAAACCGACUGCAAUCUGAGGAUGCAAUGUUUAGGUCUGGAGCUGCUGCUAACAUUACGACGCUACGGUCUACGGUGAAAUCUCAUUGAAUCAAAGCAAAUAUGAAGAAUGCAGAGCAACUCAAACUCACUGAAAUCAAGGUUAUGUGCACUGUCAGUGAAAAUGAAAUGUGUUCAAUGGACACAGGCCCUUGAAUCAGAACCGACUCAAAGAUACUUGUCAUUUACAACAGCACCAUUUAUCGUCGUGCAUUUCAGUAUCUAACCUAACCAUAUUGUGGGGGACUAACAUGACCAUUAGCAUCUAAGUCUGCUUUGACUCAUUCACUAAUACCAGCAGUUUGAAUAUUGCAAGGGUUCGAGUGAUAGAAUAGAAUAGAAUAGAAUAUUCCUUUAUUGAUCCCCCAUGGAGGAAAUUUUUUUGCCACAGCAGCAUCACAGACAAAGGUAGUGCAAAAUGCAGUUAUAAAAAUAAAGAUCGUAAUAUUAAGAAACUAAAUAAAUGGUAUAAUUAAGAAAAAAUUUAGAAAAAGGAAAAAGUGGAGUAGAAAAUAAAAUAAAAUAAAAUAAAAUCUGUGGACUCAGACAUACAGUCCUGAUUCUGCAGUCACCGGCCCUGCAGACACAAAGGCUUUACAUGCAGGCUUUUUCAGCCAGCCCCUUCACUGCAGGAACUUCAGUAUGUCGCUGUUCUGCAUGGGAUUUAUUCCUCAAGACAAGGGGUCAUGACUUGUGAAGGAUUUCAGAACUUUAAAUGGCCAACUGCUGUUUUUGGCUCUUCUGCAUUGUCACGAUUUCUCACACCUUUAGGUUUCUGACGAAUGUGCAGCACUUUGGGAUGCAAUGCUUAAAAUGUGAUUGAAAAUGAUGACAGUGAAGAAUGAGAAAGCUAAUGUUAGUGUAAACGUGGGAAAAACGUGCACUUGUAUGCCAGUAAAGACACAGAAGUUUUUACAUCAUGAUAUUUUAGGGUUGAUCGGGUCAGAUCUAAGUUGAAAGAAUAUGAUAAGGAGGAUCAUAACCCCCAGUGGAAAAUCACCGCGCCUCACUGAAUGCCUCGUCCUCAUAGCUUUUACCAAAUCUUGUUUGUGUAUCACAUCAUGUGCUGCUCUGAUCCCUUCCUUUUAGCCUUUAAGUAUUUUAUUUAGAAAUCCUGAUUUCCAGUCUGUGGCUUUUUGACCUCACAAGCAGGAGGUGUGUGACUUACCCAGGAAACAUUCCUCACUUUCCUCCAUCUAUCACCUCUCUCAUCACCAACAAACUUCCUCACAGCGAGGGUUUGUGGAGCCUGACUCCAGACCCCAGAGCUGUUUACUUGGCUUUAUUUACUGUACACUGAGUUUGCGUGCUUUUGGAAAAACAACAAGGUGAGCAGUGUUUGUUGUUUACGGUCGAGAAGUGAAUUGCUGAAUCAGACAUCGAGAAAAAAUUGGAAAUUCUUGUUCUGAGUCUGUGAGUGAAGGAUGGUUAAAUUUUGUACUCACGCACAGUUUUUCCUCCGUUCUCCCAUAGAUGACAAAACUCGUGUUGCCAUUGGAGACAACCAGGACUACAUAAACGCCAGCUUCAUCCGCAUGCAGGUUGGCGAUGAGGAGUUCUUCUACAUCUCCUGUCAGGGUCCUCUGCCCUCCACGGUGCCGGCUUUUUGGCAGAUGAUCUGGGAAAACAAAUCUGACGUCAUCGCCAUGAUGACCCAGGAAGUAGAACGGGGAAGGAUCAAAUGUCACAAGUACUGGCCGGAGAGGCUAAGCGUACCUCUGGACACCGGCAGGUACCAGAUCUACCUGGAGAACCAGCAACACCUGGAGUAUUUCCACAUUAAGAUCAUCCGCAUGGUAGAGACAGAGGUGAGAAACGUAUGCUUUAUACCAGCACAUGUCGUAUUGAGGUGUACAGAAUCUCUUACUGUUGAUUUAAAUUGUAAUUCCAGUCUGGGCAGACCCAUUUUGUCCGCCAUCUGAAGUUCACACACUGGCCUGACCACGGCGUGCCACACAGCUCAGAGCACCUGGUUCGCUUCAUCCGCUACCUGAGGGCGGUGCAUCACAAAGGACCGGCAACCGUGCACUGCAGCGCCGGCAUCGGACGCACAGGAGUCCUGAUCUGCACGGAUGUUAUCCUCAGCCUCAUUGAGAACGAUCUGCCUGUAAGCGAAAGCCAUUUUAUAAGCUGCACUGUUGUUGUUUUUUUCAUAUCUGUAAAUCAAAUAUCGAUAUCAAUCAAUCAAACUUUAUUUUUAAAGCACUUUACAUACAUAGAAUGUAGCAAAAAGUGCUGUUCAUUUGCGCAGGAUUAAAAAAACAAUGAAAUAAAAUAAAUAAAAAAUACAAAUACCAAACCCAACCCCCAUUCAACACAUACAGCUCUCACACGCUCACACACACAGAUGCACACAUAAGAGAUCAGGGGAGGACUCUUCAACACACCACAGAUGACUGAGGAAACACUAUCGAGUUAAAAACAUUGAGGAAACACUGGAUCUAGGACUAAAACGAUAAAACCAUGAUAAAAUAUUACAAAGGUGAUAAAGCAUUAAAAGUUACAUAAAUAAAACAGUCUUAGAAGCAAACAACAACAGGAAGUAAAUUUUUAUAAAAGAGGUUAUAGAACACAAAAUAAUAACUCAAGGACUAAAAUAGGUGAAAAUCACGUAAUGCGGAUUAAAAGAUUGAAACAAAAUUCAACCAUAAAUAUUUUAAAGGUGAAGUGGGAAGUAUUUAACAGGCAUUGAGCAGACCAGACUUGGCAAGAAUGGGAUAAAAUAUUUUUAGGUGUCUUAACAUGUAAGGUAAAAAAGAGAGUUGUUUGUUGUGUGCUGUGUUCAAAAUAAUUUGUACCAGCAAAUGUUUUAAAUAGUAGAAACUUAAAAAAUACAAGAUCAUACUUAUCCUGCAUUGUCCUCAAAGGACCACUGUUGCACCACCAGCUAGAGGGGUGAGCAAGGGGGCACUUCAGUCUGAAUACCAGAUAUCUCCAUAUACUACCGUGUUUAAACACUCUACAUUCAGCAAGGUCGAACCUAACAACAUUUUUACAAAGGCGUUGAUACUCCAGACAUUUACUUUGUGUGAAAAUGUGGGAGUUUAAGAAACUGAUUAUAUCCCUGUAAAAAUUUCACCAAAUAGUUGUUAACAAACAUAAAAUAUUCUAUUUAAAGCUCCUUAAAGGGUUUUUUUUUAACUGAUGCUGAUAUUGUACCUGACCGUACAAAAGCAGAAAAGACCAUCAGCGAAGCGAUUAUGUAAUAUAUAACAACAGUCAGGGAUUAGGUUUUAAACAAGACAGUUUAAAACACGCAGUAAAAUUAUCGUUUUUUACAUUUGCCAUAGCAAACAUUUACAAUGAAAGAUAUAUUUGACUGCUAAAAGAAAGCAAAACGACUUUUUUGUCAGAAAAUAUUUUCAGCACAUGUGCAGGAUGAUAUCAGCAAACAGGACCUCAACUUUAUCCGUGGGACGUGCAACAAUGCAAACCAAAAUUUCUCACAGGAGCUUCAAAACAACCGUUCACAUCUUUAAUUGGUGUGGGUUUUGGGGCCUCCUGUUGACAAAUAUUUGGUGUUAAGUUGUACUCGGAGCACUAAUCUGGAUUUGGCACAGGCUGAUGACAAAUUAAAGCUGAUGAUUUUCCUGACAGCUCCAGAUGAGUUAAAUGGUAAAAUUUGUAAGGAAUGUAAAGCAUGCAAACACAUCAAACUGUCAUGGCAAACAUAGUAAUCAAAACCUCUGUAUAAAACCACGCUGUAGUCAGCAUUUAGCUGCCUGCAGUUUAUUAUUGGUAUAAUGUAUGAAUUAUGACUCACACACAUCCUAUAGCUGUGUCUAACAACCUCCUGUCUCCUUUUUCAGAUUGAUGUGACUGAAAUCGUAAAAGAAAUGAGACUUCAGCGGCAUGGGAUGAUUCAAACCAAGGUCAGUGCCAACACAGGGGUCGGAGUUCAAAGUUCAAGCUUUAAAAAGAAGACAGUUCCCAAAAGCUAGACGUGCCCUUUGUCUCUCUCGUUGCAGGAACAGUAUCUCUUCUGCUACAAAGUCUGGUUGGAAGUUUUACAGGGCAUUUUACAGCUUCACGGCAACCAAUGGCAACCGGAAAGUCCCAGAGAGCACAAAGUCGUCUGA